AUGUCACAGUUGGCCAACGCAACCAACGUGGUUCAUGAGAAUGCUCAGUGGAAUGCCCAGCUAAAGCAGUUUGCUUUCUCGCCACCUUUAUCUCACGAAGCACAACGGCACGACACGUCGAAGUCUCACAACAAACACCACAACAAGAGCAAAGCAACGCCAAGACAAACGAACCACUCCCAGCCCGCCAACAUGGGUCACGACGACGUCAAGAAGGACAAGGGCACGACUCUCCCGGCCCCUAACUCCGCUGUGACCCAGCCGGUGGUCAAGACGGAGGACAAGGGCGAAAAGGACAAGAAGGGCAAAUAG